UGUACUUGUUGCCUUUAGGGCACUGCACACAAUAGGGCGGUGAAGCAGGGAGAGGGCAGGGAGAGGGCGCGGAAGCAGAAAUGAUGAGGGCGGAUAACUGGCAUCGUGCCGUCGCCCCUAAAAGAAUGGGAUUGCUCCUCCUGACGAUGUUACUGCUCGUGACAUCAUCAGCGCGACCAACAUGCGCGAACGCUUCGGGCAGCACGCCGUGUCGCUCCCCUUUCGCAUUCCACACUCCCACGCCGCCCAGCGGCCUCACCGGCACCAGAAGCAGGCGAUCCUGCGUAUCAUCAGACAUUAGAGGAGCGCAGCGGAUUGCCAACUUGCGUCGAGAUCACCAAGGCCGGGUGAUGUUGCGAAUGCUGCUCCCGAUCAUGAUGGAUUCUUCUCGCCCUCGUGGGAAACUGGCAGCGACAGCAGCAUCAGGCGCGGGGGAUGUCACUGCUGCCGCUGCUGGUGGUGGUGCUCCUGCAAUGAAAACCACGAGGUUGCAGGCCUUUGAGUAUGCUGUAAAGAAAUGGUGCGAUCGCGCGACGUCGCUGUUUCCUGCGUGGGUGCUGGGAGCCGCGGCCGUCGGGAUGUUGAGGCCGGCGGCGCUCUCGUGGUUCAACAGCGGCCUCAUCACCGCGGCUCUGGCCACGACCAUGGUUUGCAUGGGAAUGACGCUCACCCUGGACGACUUCGUCGCCGUCGCUCGAAGGCCCCGACCGGUCAUGGCGGGCGUUGCCGCUCAGUACACAGUCAUGCCUGUUCUGGGGUUUCUUUCGGGGAGACUGUUCAACCUUCCGCCGGGUCUUGCUGCCGGAGUUACCCUUGUCGGUUGCUGUCCAGGGGGCACGGCGUCGAACCUCGUCACCCUUAUCGCGAACGGGGACGUGGCGCUGUCGGUGUCGAUGACGACGGUGUCUACCCUGUUGGCGGCCGUAAUCACGGGUCCCCUCACGAAGUUUCUCGUCGGCGCGCUGGUGGACAUUAGCGCUGUGACUCUGAUGAAGGCUACGGCGCAAGUGGUGUUUUUGCCGGUGGCGAUGGGGCUGCUGCUGAACACAAGGGCCAAGGGGAUCACCCGCCGCCUUGCCCCCUACACGCCGCUCCUCUGCGUUGCCCUGGUGGCAAUGAUCUGCGGCAGCGUCGUUGCAGCAAACUCGUCCAUCUUGCUCAGAUCCGGUGCUGCCCUCGUCGGCGCGGUCCUGACUCUACACGCGGGCGGAUUCGCGGUGGGAUACGGAGGGAUGCGAGCUUGCGGUUUUACCGAGCAAGAGGCUCGUACAACAAGUAUCGAGGUUGGCAUGCAGAAUUCUGCGCUGGCGGUCGUCCUGGCGCAGAGGGGCCUCGCGGACCCCUUGUCGGCGAUCCCGGGAGCGGUCUCGGCUACGUGCCAUUCCCUCAUUGGCAGCGCCCUGGCAGCCUACUGGCGCACCGGGGAUAGAGGGCCCCGAGCACAGCCGUUGCCAUCAACAUCGACAGCAGCAGCGGUAGGGGGAGAGGGGGAGCAGCAGCAGGCAAAGGGAGUGGACCUGUACGAUGCUGGCGGAGGAAUAUGACAGUGCGGACUGGCGGGCGGUCGGGGGGGAGGUUGAUGUGGAAGUCCUCCGAGGAGAUGGUGGUGGGGGUGGCCACGGUGAUCGGGGGUGUAUGCCAUUGUCAAAAAGUUACAGAAUGGAGCCAUAUUCAGGUUGGACCCGGAAACAGCCGUGGUGUGCCGUUUCGAUGUUGACUCGGAACCACUGACGACGGGGGAGAUGUUCCUCUAUUUACCAUGCGUAUGGUGGUUUUGUUGUUAGGAGUCACGGGAUGUACGGUAUGUUCCAUGGUAUUUGGUAAACGGAACCAUGCUAGGCGCCUCUGGCGCUGCUGAGUAUCGAACGUAGUUAGUUAUUGAUGUUAACCCGUCCGUGUGCCAAGCAAGGUAUCCGUCAUUUUGACUUGUAUUCCCCUGCUCACAGUUACCUUUACCUGGGAGUAGAUAUUUCAGGGGUUGGUUGCAUAUAGUGCCUCGAGCUAGGUUUGAGCUGACUGAAGCCAGCGAACGCGAUCCUCUCUUCUCGAUAGUAUACAAUGUCGUCCGGCUGCUUUCUGUAGUACCAUUAUCCAAUAGGAUCCUCGGCUGCGAGUACUCUCCGGCCGGCAAAUGUGUUGCUAAAGUAGUAAGGCCCUUGUUUUUGGUUUCCACAUCUUUAUCUUCCUUUCUUUGGA